CACCGCAAGGACGAAUAUGCCCCAGCUGGGAUAGCUGCCCCGGAUUAUUGAAUAGCAAACGACAAAACCUAUCUUCCUUCCCUUCCCCGUAAAUAAUCCAACGGUCCAAAACGCAAAUAUGUGGAAGCAAGCUAGAUCCGACGGUCCUGAUUGGACCUCAUGAAAGACCGCAGCAACAAAGAGAAAUAGGGUUGUCCUUGGCUUCGUAAAUUGUUAUUAGCUGAAAAAACUCUCUAGAAUACUCCACGCCGAGCUUCUCUGCGCCCUUCCCUACCCCAAACCUUUCCUCUCGCUCUCUCUCGCUCCGUCGUCCAUUCCAGUCUCUCGUCGGGGAAUCAUGGGGAAAGGUCCCGGUCUCUACACCGAUAUCGGAAAGAAAGCCAGAGAUCUUCUCUACCGGGAUUACCAGGCGGACCACAAGUUCACCCUCACUACCUACACCGCCAAUGGAGUCGCAAUCACCUCGACUGGUGUCAAGAAAGGUGAGCUGAUCUUGGCCGAUGUGACCACUCAGCUGAAGAACAAGAACAUCACCACUGACGUCAAGGUGGACACAAGUUCUAACCUUUUCACCACAGUCACUAUUGAUGAACCAGCUCCUGGACUGAAGACAAUCUUUAGCUUUAAGGUCCCCGACCAGAGAUCUGGCAAGGUGGAACUCCAGUACCAACAUGAGUACACUGGGAUUAGCACUAGCAUUGGUAUGACUGCAAGUCCGCUUGUUAACUUCUCUGGCGUAGUUGGCAACAAUAUGUUGGCUCUUGGGACUGACCUCUGCUUUGACACUGCCUCUGGGAACUUCACCAAAUUGAAUGCUGGUUUGAGCUACACCAAUGCUGACUUGGUUGCUGCUGUUACCUUGAAUGACAAGGGAGAUACACUCACGGCCUCCUAUUACCACACCGUGAGCCCGUUGACUAGCACUGCUGUUGGUGCUGAGCUGACUCACAGCUUCUCCAGCAACGAGAACACUUUGACAAUCGGCACUCAGCACGCCCUCGACCCUUUGACCACUGUCAAGGGCAGAGUGAACAACUAUGGGAAAGCGAGCGCACUCAUCCAGCACGCGUGGCGCCCGAAGUCUCUCUUCACCAUAUCUGGGGAGGUGGACACGAGGGCAAUUGAGAAGAGUGCCAAGAUUGGACUUGCAGUUGCCCUGAAGCCCUGAACAUGGAGGUUCAACUUCUUGUCUGUGUUGGUGGCCUUGCUUUGUUAGGAUUGAGAGCAGCAAUAACUUGAACAGAUAUGAUGGAGAGAAGAUUAUAUCCCUUUUUCCAAAUGGAUCAUGUUUAUUUGUGUUGGGUUUUUUUCCCCCCUCCUUUCACACAUUUUGGCGGAUUAUGGGUACUGUAGAAAAUAAUCCUUUAGUUGGUGUCAGGAACCAUCAUUGGUUUUCUUGGUUGCGAGUUUUGUGCAUCAACCCUUUAUGCAAAGGGAAGUAAAGUUUAGAAAGAAAUGCUCUUCUUCACCAGCACGGUACUUUGGAAAUUUUUUGGAUGGAAAUUGGUAAAGCUGAACCCUCCGUUUCAUUCAGUUCAUUUCCAUAUGAUGUGAAGAGCCAUUCCUCUUAUGGAAAUGAUAGAUUUACUAUACAGUCAGAUUUAAGUGAUAUGAAACUAUUGAAUCAUGGUUGAAUCCCACGAAAUAGCGAUCCUUCCUCAACAACCGAAGCACAUCAUUGUUCUUGUUUAUCAUUGAACUUAGCCUCGGAUUCAGGGCCGCCUCGUCCUUUUCGGGCUUCUGGCCCAAGUACUUCUGCACCAUGUUUGCUUUUGUGAAGGAGGAGGUGGUAUACAAAGACUGAAGGGUUAAUGCCGCAUUUGGUCACUGAGAUUACUAAAUUGUGUCAUGUUUAGUCAUCAGAAUAAUUUAAUAUCAAUUUUGGUCACUCGAAUUACUAAAACCGGUCACAUUUAGUCACUCCUAAUGGGAGAAGUAGGGCUGUUAAUGAGCCGAGUCGAGCCGAGCUUUGCCAUAUUUCGGGCUCGGCUCGUUAAUAUAUUUUCAGGCUCGAGCUCGGCUCGUGUUCGUCACGAGCUUUAAUAUGCAAGCUCGAGCUCGGCUCGUUUAUGAAAAUGAAAGCUCGAGCUCGGCUCGUCAAAUAAGCUUAACGAGCCCAAAAUCAAGUUCAGCUCAUAAAAUGUUCAUGAUAGCUCAAGAUUGGCCUAGAACUACGCAUAAAAUUACAUUUAAAUC